UGUAGUUAAUAAAUAGUCCAAAUAUUAUUGCACAGGCCGUACUCCCUCAUCUAAAAGAGUUUUCAAGAUGAUAACUCUUCACUUUGAAAAACUGCCUUUGAAAAAAGGAACAUGGAGUGCUGAUGAAGAUCAAAGAUUGGUAACCUAUAUUACCAAAUAUGGAAUUUGGAAUUGGAAUGAAAUGCCAAAAGCUGCUGGUUUGUUAAGGUCAGGGAAGAGUUGCAGGCUUCGAUGGAUGAAUUACUUAAGGCCAGAUAUAAGAAGAGGAAAUUUCACCAUUGAAGAAGAUGAAAUCAUACUCAAUCUUCAUGCAACCCUAGGAAAUAGGUGGUCUGCAAUUGCAGCUAAAUUGCCCGGCAGAACAGAUAAUGAAAUAAAAAACCAUUGGCAUACUCAUUUGAAGAAAUUUAAUUAUACUUUGCAAGAAUCCAAGCCUGAACUACUUCAGAAACCUGAUGAAGUACAAUUCGAAAAUGAUAUUUUUACGGAACGUGACGAAAACCAGACAAUUGAUCAACAAAACAAUAUAUUAUCUGAAAUUUAUGAGAAGUCAUUUUCAAUAGAAGAUUUGGAUGAAAUGUGGGUUGAUGAAGAAUGCAUUGAUUAUGCAACAGUUUCUUCAUCGUGGGGCGGUUCAUCCGAAUAUUCGUCUCUGCGGCCUGACAUUAAUGAUGAUGAGAAUUUUAGUUCAUCAGAAUUCCUGCAGUCUUCUUCUCCAAUGGAAAUUUUUUACAGCAUGGGAGAUAAUGGAGUAAACACAUAUGAAAUGUGUGAUAUUUCAGCUGACUGCACUGAUUUAUUUGACUAUACUUCCUUAUGGUCAUAUAGACUAUAGUGAUCAUUAGAUAUUAGAGGAAAUUAAAUUUUGGCUUAUCUAAAUUAUCUCAACAACUGCCAUUUUGUUGGAGAAAAGAAAUCAUUUUUGUUACUGAAUUUCUUAUGAUAUAGAGGACUAUUUAUGGCAAUAAAAUUUAGUUUUCUUUUGUGGUUACGGAA